CGUGGCAAAACUGCACCUGACCGUUCUCUCAUUUAUUUUUAGUUAGACCUCGACGCCAUCUCAAUAUAGUGAAAAAUAACAUAACCCUAUCCUCAGCUUGAAAUACGUUCUUGUAUAAAUUGACAGCAAAAGUGUGUUUGCAGUAUGACAAUUACCCGAUCAGCUGUACCGGAGGCUCCCGCCUUCCAACCAUCAUAACACAUGGCUAUCACAUGGCCUCUGAUUGAAGCCUAGCCAUUGUUGAAUCUUGCGCAGCUGAAAACGUGCGAGGUGCAGACUUCAAUACCAAAGUAGAUCUCGAUGCUCUUAUGAGCUCUCUAAUGACAACCGGUUUCCAAGCAACCCAGCUCGCCAGAGCAAUUAAUGAAGUCAAUAAAAUGCUCGACUGCCGUGAACGGCCUCUUCCAGAUGAUAAGCUAGAUACCCUUGAGGAAGAUCCGUUUAUUAGACGCAAGACAAGCUGUACUAUUUUCUUCGGGUACACGUCGAAUAUGGGUUCUGCCGGAGUUAGAGAUAUCAUAAGAUUUCUCGCACAGCACAAACUGGUCGAUUGCUUAGUUACGACAGCUGGCGGCGUCGAAGAGGAUCUCAUCAAAUGCAUGGCACCCACUUACCUGGGGGAAUUCUCUCUUAAAGGACAGGAGUUACGGAACAAAGGGAUCAACCGGAUAGGCAACUUGCUUGCACCAAAUGAUAAUUACUGCAAAUUCGAAGACUGGAUUAUGCCUGUUUUAGACGAAAUGCUUGAAGAGCAGAAAAACACUGGUAUUACCUGGAGUCCCAGUCGAAUGAUUGCGCGUUUCGGAGAGCGAAUUGCUCAUACGGAUUCAAUUUAUUACUGGGCUCAGAAAAAUCAGAUUCCAGUGUUCUGCCCAGCAAUUACUGACGGGAGCAUCGGUGAUAUGUUGUACUUUCAUAGCUUCCGUAGUCCUGGUCUCGUUGUUGAUCUCGUUCAAGACAUCCGUCGAAUAAAUUCAAUGGCUGUUAAGGCCGAGCACUCCGGUAUGCUAAUUUUGGGCGGUGGUGUCGUCAAACACCACAUAUGCAACGCUAACUUGAUGCGGAACGGAGCAGACUUUGCUGUGUAUAUUAAUACGGGACAAGAAUUUGAUGGAAGCGAUUCUGGAGCGUCUCCAGAUGAAGCCGUGUCAUGGGGAAAAAUAAAGGCGGCAGCUCAGCCCGUUAAGGUAUGCGUGGAUGCAUCCAUUGCCUUUCCGUUGCUCGUCUCGCAAACAUUUGCCAAACGAGUUAACUCUGCUCCAGCGAACGAGUGUGUAUAAACGUUAUCGCUUGCCAAGGACAAGACUGACAACCAUAUAAAGCGCCUUGUGCCAAUGGCAUGGGAAGUCGAAACGGCUCUGUUCUCCAGCGCCGCGUACCUCAUUGACCUUUUUGUGCACUUAACAGGUCACACGAUGAUCAAGCGAAUCGCGGGAUAACAAACGUUUUCAUUCGAUCCUUGGUGGAUCUUCACGGCUUGUAAAACUGUAAAUUUCUUGCGCGGAACAUUUCUGUUACACGGUGCGCAGCUCUUUAUGACUGAAUGGAUUUUUGUGGCUCUACCAAGUAGAAAAUAGUUUGGCUUCUUCUGAAUCAAGCUUUCUAAGGACACUCGUAAAGCAUAGUCUCCUUUAUACGCGACCUGUUUCACUGUUUGAUGAAGAAAAUUAUCAUAAUGUUCGUAAAAAUGUAAUAAAUAUCGUUUCGCCUGUGUAUAGGAAGUUGUCAUAGGAAUAAAUAAAGGCGUAUA